CUGUUCCGGGAGCUCGAUACUCUCUUCAAUCAUUCCCAAUCGAUCGCUUUUGCGUUAUCCAUUGACCAAGACACUAAAAUGUUAUUGCAGAGAUCGUUCCUCGCAAUUGCCCUUGCAUGCACCGCUGCUGCUGCAAGUGAGCGGACCUGUUAUUAUCCCAAUGGACAUGAAGCUUCGGGUAAUGUGCCGUGUACAGAUAGUCAGUAUACGUCGUGCUGUGGCGAGAAUGUCAUUUGUUUGAGCAAUGGGUAUUGUAUGGAUGUUGAAUCACAGCCCUAUACGAUGUCGCAAAGUGCCUGCACUGAUAGCAGUUGGGCCGCUGAUUGCCCGUCCCAAUGUGCUGGCUCAUCGGACUACCCCGACACCGGCUGCGCCAUCGUCCUCUUCUAUGCCAACAGCACCCAGGCAGACUAUUAUUGCAACGCAAUCGUCAGCGACGGAACCGAUGCCGCCUGUUCAAACGGCCAAACACCCUUCACAAUCCCCGACGGCAAAGUCGUCAUCGGUCGUGCGCUGCUGUCGAAUUCGAGCACAACGAGUAAAGUCAAUGCGACUUGCGUGUUGCCUACUACAACGGUAUCUCCCUUGAGCAAUAAUAAGAGAGACGUGGCUAUCGGGGCAGGAGUUGGUGUGCCGCUUGGUGUGUUGCUACUGACGGCAUUGGCCUGGGCGUUGUUUGAGCGGAAGAGGCGGUAUGCGAUGGUAAAUUCGGCUGCUGCUGCGGGUGCGGUGGCUGUGCCUAGUGCUUCAUAUCCUGUGCAGAUGCAGCAGCCGGUUUUGGAAAUGGACAGAUGGCAGAUUAUCCGGCCCCGGGAAUGGAGGGGCUGCGGACGCAGGAAUUGGAUGGGGCUAAGUAUGUGCAGCUGCAGGAGUUGGAGGGACGGGCGCCUAGUUGAUAGGCUAUUUCUGGGAGUUUCUGAUUUGUUUGUUUGUGCUCUAUACCCUUAAUAGUCAUUGAUGAGGUGGGGAGCAUUUGGUUCUGGAUGUUUUUUAUAUAUAAUGCCGGUUUGUUACUGGACAUACUACUAAUGACGGAUUAAUUGAGAAUUGAGACUGACAUGUCAUCAAAGAGCAAUUCUUACCUGC